AUGGCAGUCGUCCGCCUGCCUGCCGCGGCGCGCCUGGCGCUGACUGUCGCGCUUCUGGCCGUCUUCUGGCGGGGCGCGGGGGCGUUGCAGACGGUGGAAACGACCGCGACGUUCGCGGAUGGCGAAGUUGUGCUCAGUGGGACCGCGGCUAGCUGGACCAGGAGGGACUGGGGGGAGGAGGUCAUUGUGGGGACGUCUUGCGACGGGGAUCAGCUCUCGGACAGUAGCACGCACUCGGACUCGGCUGUACUGCUGAGAUUCAACGUAACUGGCGCAACAUUCGACCAAGCGGCCCCACAGAGCGCGCGACUGACCGUCUCGGUACGGCGGCUAUCCGAGGCCGCGGAUCACCUUGACGUCUACGCGCCUGAGCCGGACUGGGACACCAGCGCCCCGCCGGUGACAUGCUGCGACGCCCACAAGCACAUCACCACGCACUCCCUCGCGAGGCUCCCGGCCGGCGGCGACGCAGAGCGCAUCGACGUGGACGUGACUCCGGCGCUGCAGGCGUGGCGGGCAGCCGGCGCGGGCGCGCCGCGCAUCGACCUGUUCGUCGUCUCGAGCGGAAGGGACUGCGGGUCCCUUGCAGGGCUUGGCACCUUCGCGGCACGGACCCGCGCCACGCGGCCCGCCCUGGCCGUCAAGCAGCACCUCGUGGCCGAGCCACCGGACGUAGCCUCGCUGAUUGUCCUCGGGCCCAGGUGGCGCAGCGCCGCACAUGAUGGCCAGAGCGUCGAGGUGUCUGUCGGGCUGGAGCGGGAGCACGUGGGGCGCGUUGGACUCGAGUGCUCCCUCGACGGUGUCCGCUUCGACGCCUGCACCGUCUCUGCCAGGGCUGCGAACGUCAUCGAGCUUCCGCCCCUGCCCGAGGGCGCACACACAGUUCACGUCCGCACUGUUGCUUCCAACGGGCGAGGUUUCGUGCGGCGGUCAGACGGGCCGCCUGCGCGGGCAGCCAUCCUCGUAGAUCGCACGCCGCCCGUGCUGUCGAUUGAGCCACGUGGCACCAGUGCACGCCCAGGCAGCCACACGUUCGCCUUCAUCGCGGACGACGCUGGCGGCCACGGCGCAUCGGGCGUGCUGCGCGUCCGCUGCGCGCUCGACCAGGAGCCCAUGCGGCCCUGUCCUCCCGUCGUGUCGCUCGAGCGGCUCAAGCAAGGCACCCACGUCGUGCGGGCCCAGGCAGAGGACGCCGCGGGCAACGCAGGGCCCGAAAUCCGCCACGAGUUUGCGGUCGACGCUGCGCCGGAGAUGACGUGCUCGUUUCCUUCGCACCCCGAAGGGCGGAGCAACGGCGCGGUACGCGUCCGUCUCACGCGGCCAGGGCGCACCGAUGCUUUCUCGCGGGACGCAGUGGCGGCGUCGCUCUUCCCACCGGGCCGCGCCGCCCAUGCGCUCGCCGUGGCGAACUUCACGGGCCCGCUUCCCGGAUCGGUCUUCGAGUUCCACAUCAACCCGCCGGACGGCCUGCCGGCCGGCACCAUCACCGUCAGCGCAGCCACCACCACCGCCGGCGACUCUUUCGCCGAAGUCUGCUCCGUGGACUACAACCCCUUUCCGCCCGAGUGCACGAUCCAGCGCUGGCCCGCGGCGGCCCAGGUCGGCGCGGCCGUGCCCUUCGAAGUGCAGUUCGCAAGGGUGCAGCCGCACUUUCACCCCUCGCACCUCCGCGCGUACGUCGACAGCGGACGAUCCGCCGCGCCGGGCGGGCGGGCGCGCGUGGAGCCCGCCGGAUGGCCGUCCAGGGCGACAGCUGGACGAUCCGUGUCCUACAGCGCGCUGGUGCACCUCGACGUCAUGGGGGAGGUGUUUGUUGAGGUCCCGGAGGGGGUGUUUAUGGAUGAGUACGGCAACGCGAACCGGCGGUGCCGGAGUCCGGUGCUGCGGGUCUGGGAGCCCGUCGCCGCGCUGGCGUUCGCUGGCGGGGACGUCAGGGUGUUUGCAGGGGAGGGCUACUCCCGCGAGCUGAGUGCUGGGGCUGACUCAGGGCGCGGGGAGGACGGUCGAGGCGCGGCGGAGCACGUUGCGGUCGGUCCUGGUGGGCGGAUCGCGAGGGCCUUGCCCGGCAGCGGCCUCGUCGUGGUGUCGCCGCUGGGCGAGCCCAUCACCGCCGCGACGGGCGUCGAGCGCGCGCUGGCGUUCAGGGCCGACGGCCACGUCAUCGGUGCUGCCAGCGACCCCGGGGGAGACGGAUACACGAUCAUGGUGCUGGACGGCGCGACCGGCGCAAUGGUGCACCGCGCUGGGCCGGACCUGCAUCGCAUGACACCUCCCGGGGGGUCUGCCAGCGAGGCCGCAGCGCCUGCGCCACGGUGGGCGUGCGGCGAGCGCACGCACGUGAUUCGUCUGGGCCCGCCGUGCGGCGUCGAGGAGGAUGACGACGCGCUCGGCGAGCUUGCGUCCGGCCGCGCUGACGACGAUGCCGACGACGCGCGGCUAUGCGGGCCGCGGGCCGCGACCGUGGACGGCCGCGACCAGGUGUUUGUCGUCGACGCAUGUUUGCGCGGCGUCUUGGUGCUCGGCGCGCAGCUGGAGCCGCGCGCGCUGCUCACGGGAUGGAACACAACAGGGCAGUUCAGCAAGGCCGAGGGUGUCGCCGUCGACGGGGCCGGCCGGCUCUACGUCCUCGACGAAGCCCUCGUGCGUGUGCUGGACAUCGUGUCGGACGAGUUGUCGUUCCUCGGUACGAUAGGACGCGACGACGCGAGUCCUGGCACGAGGAUCGGCCACGCGCGGGCGCUGGCGGUGGACCACGCGGGGUCGCUGCUCGUGCUUGCCGGCGCCGAGGUCCUGCGAUUCGACCCGCAGCCCGGGCCGCGCGACGCGGCGCGAUGGGUCCCGGCCGGGCGCGCGAUGGCCGUUCGAACGGACCUGGGGAACGCCGUAGGUCUCGCAGUGUUCCGCGACGCAGCCGUGCCGCGGGUGACGAUCACGCUGGCGGAUGGCGACGCGGACCGCAGCGCGCCGUUCGGCAUCGUCAUUGACUGGGAGGGGCCGCUGGUUUCGGGGUUCGGCGCGGACGGCGUUGUUGUGGGUGGCGUUGGAGGGACCGUCACGGAUCUGCGCUCGUCGGACGGGAGGCGCUACACGGCGACAGUGCGACCGAGCAGCGUCGGAGGCGCCGUCGUGUUCGUCAAGGCGCGCGCCGCGUGGGCAGCGAACGGCGCCGCCAACGCCGCGCCGUCCAACGUGCUGCGCGUGCGCUACCACGGGGGCUCGUGCGUCGCGGAGAACGUGUGCGAGUGGUCCCUCGCGCUCUACCAGCAUGAGCUCGCCCUGGACCGCGACCGCCGCGCCGCGCGUCUGCGGCAGGAGGCGGCUGCGAGGGCGGAGGCGCUGAACGCCGCUGGCCGUCUCGAGGCGGAGCGUGCCGCGGUGCAGGUGCGGGUCGAGGCGGAGCGCGAGCUCGAGCGGGUGCGGCUCGAGGGCGAGACGGCGCGGCUCGCUGCGGCGGCUGCUGCUGCGGGGGAGAGGGCGCGUGCAGAGGCGCUGGCGACGGAGGAUGUGCGGCUCCGUCUGGCGCAGGAGGAGGGGCGGCAGCGCGCGCUGGCGAUGCGGGGCGCGGUCGUGUCGGUCGUGCAGGAGGCGACGCGCGUGGUCAGGGAGCUCGCAGACUCCCCGCGGGACCUCGCGGGCCUGACUGGAUUCCUGGGUGUGUGUUUGGGGGUGUUCUUCGUGCUGCGCGAGGCCACCCGGGUCGUCGGACACGUCGUGCAGCUGCACCUGACUCAGCCGCCUCUGGUCCGCGAGACGACUAUGACGUGGUCUGCGUGGCUGCUGGGGCCCCUGCGUCGCGCCCUGGACGCCGUUGGGUCCGCGGCGCCGGCGAACAAGGCACUCAGCGACGUGGUGCUGGAGGGGGCGCUGCACGAACGCAUGGAGCAGCUGGCGUUGUCCAUCGCCAACGCGCGCGCGCGCCGCGCUCCGUUCCGGCACGUGCUGCUGUGGGGACCUCCAGGGACGGGGAAGACCAUGGCUGCGACGCGCCUCGCGCGGGGCUGCGGGCUCGACUACGCCAUCCUGUCGGGGGGGGAUGUAUUGCCCCUGGGCUCGGCUGCAGCUGCCGAGCUGAACCGCGUGUUCGACUGGGCCUCGCGGUCGUCGCGCGGGCUGCUGCUCUUCGUCGACGAAGCCGACGCCUUCCUGCGCCGACGCGGGGCCGCGCACACCGCGGAUCACGGCCCCAGCGAGUCCCUGCGGGCGGCGAUCAACGUGGUGCUGUCGCGCACCGGCGGCCAGCAGGGCAGCUUUCUCCUCGUUCUGGCCUCGAACCGCCCCGGCGACCUCGACGACGCAGUGCUCGACCGCAUGGACGACACCGUCGAGUUCCCGAAGCCCGGCCUCGAGCAGCGCGUGCAGAUGUUGAAGAUGUACUUCGCCGAGUAUAUCGGGGCGUUCUGCGAGGGUCCCAAGCCCGGGACCGUGCGUCGCGGGCCCCUGGGCAUGUGGUCGACGUCGGUCGAGCCGUGGUCGCUCGCGUUCCCGCCCGGGCGCAGCGACGUCGUGCGGCUGUCCGGGUUCAGCGCAGAGGCCUUCCGGGCCGCCGCGCGGCUGACGGAGGGCUUCUCCGGGCGCGAGAUGGUCAAGGUGAUGGCCGCGGUGCAGGCCGAGGUGUACGCCGGGCGCGGCGGGAGCGCUGCGCGUGCCAAGGACGCGGCUGCCGCGGAGGCAGCAGGGGCCCUCUUCCUGGACGCCGACACGAUGCUGCGGGUCGUCAAGGCCAAGGUCGGCGAGCACGUGACGCGGGAGGCCUUCCUCGAGGCGGCAGCGACGGAGGCAGCGGCGCCGCUGUCGUCCCCGCGCGCCGGCGAUGACGCACAGCCUCGUGCGCAUCCUAACGGCGGCGCGCAGCGGUGA